CCCCGUGUUCACCAGUCCAUAUCCGAUUUUAAUGAACGCCGCCGUGUCAAACGGGGGCUAGCAUAUCACUUCUAUUAGUAGAUAGCCAAACUCUACGGCGGUGAUCACCCAUGGCUUCCGGUGGUCUUCCUCCUUUGAUCGCUGCUCAGCUCAAUUACCUUCUCAAUCACCAUUCCCUCGACGUUAAGGUUGAGCAGAUGUGGUCCGGGAACAAAUACGACCCUGGAGUCCUUGACCGGUUCACGAUAGCCAUCCCCUUCUGCCUUGACGUUGUAAAAUGGGAUGUCAUGUACAACGCGGAUUCGCCAAUGUCCGCGCCGGAUAUUAUAUUUGGACCCGAAGAUGAAAGCUUUCAUCCAUUUAGCGCAAAGUCACCCAAGAAUUGUAGUUUACUUGAUGAUUGGAAUAGCAGAGACCCUACGCGUCUAAUGGCUCUAAUUCAAGAACUCAGGGAUCGAUACGUGGACUACCAGAGAAAGCGUGUUGGGGAUGUCGAUGAUGCUAGGUUGAACUUCGAAAUUAGCACUAUUGUGUUUAGGGAGGGAAUUGAAAUGGCUUUGAGUUCAGGUGCUGAGAAGCCAGAGGAGGUCAAAUUUGCAGUACCUAUAACAGACAUGAAGAUUGAUAGGAUGGUGCCUGGUUGCCCUUGGAGAGGUCCACCAAAGAUAUACUUGCAGGUUAUAUACCCUGUUGGGAAAAAACACGUCACUGCUCCUUCUGCGCCUCGUCUAAAAUUGGUAUCUAGCUCUGAAUUGAAGUCUUUCUUUUCCAUUGAAGAUGUCAAGCUUCCACCAUGGUCAGAUGGAAUGUGCAUGGCUGAAUAUCUUCCCCAUCUGGAAGAAUCUCUUGAGAAACAGAUCUUGGAGGCAGUUUCACUAAUUGAUGUUAGAAGGCGCUUUAUUGAGGCAUUAGUCCCUCAGUUUGGAUGGCCAUUAGAAGCUGAUCCGGUUUUUUGCCGAAAGGCAACAUUUCUAGCUGGCUCUGGGGUGUUCACAUUCCUGGUGCACUUUAUGAUUUCAACUCAGUUUCCAAAGCAGCAACCAGCUUUGAUACUUCACAGUUGUCAGCAUUUGACCUCCCAAGGUGUACCAAUCAAAUCAUCUCUGAUGACCGAUUAUCCAUGGAGUCCGAGAUGGGAAACACCACAAAUGGCUGAGCGUAUUUGCGAGUUUUUGGUGGAUGAGGCUUUGAACUUCAAAAGGCACUGCAACGAGUCUCAACUUCAACACUAGCGUGUUGUUAAGGUUCCUUCAGUUCAGUUCAUAUUAAUGAAAGUGUGUAAAUUUCCUUCAGCGAAAUGCUUGCUUCGCUUCUUUGAUAUUACUGUAUAUUAAAAAUGGGUAUGUAAGAAUUGCCUCCCAGUGCAUGACAACCUUCUUUGGUUCGUUCUUCUGCUUGAUAUGGACCUUCAAUUGAAUAUACCUUGCACAAUGAUGCAAUGCCUGUGAAAGUGAAUUCCAGUGAUUGACCUCA